CAAUACCCUCUAGGUUCAUUCCUGCUGUCGAAAAUGGUAAGAUUUCCUUCUUUUUCUUUACAGUGCUCUUAAUUACACCUUAUAAAAAUGUCCUUCCUUAAUUCCUUCCCUUCACACAAAACAUAUUGCUCUGUUUGAUAUUUAUUUUCUUCCUGGAAGUUCUACUCUGAAUAUUAUUAUUUUGCUGUUUUCCCUUUCUUGAAAUCCCUUUUUAAGGUUUAAUUGUCCUUGGUCUUUUUCUUGAAAUUCAUGUACUUUGUAUUUUAAACCUUUGUUUGCCAAUUUUCUCUUAGAAAAUGUAUUUUCCUUUUCUCUUUUGAUCUAGCUUAAUUUAUAUUAAAAAUGUUUGAGUCUGUUUAUGAUUUUGUGUUUCACAAUAUUUUAAUUGCAGUUUUCCUAUCCUGAGGAACUAUUGAAUUGUUACUAUGUAUUUAAAAAGCAUAAUUCAUGUAUUCUAUGUUUUUAGUCUAUUGAAGACAAUGAAGUAUAUUUGCCUAAUGAUGAAAUUUGGACCUAUGAUAUUGAUAGUGGGUUGUGGACAAUGCACCUCAUGGAAGGAGAACUCCCUACCUCCAUGUCAGGAAGUUGUGGUGCUUGCAUUAAUGGAAAGCUGUACGUUUUUGGAGGAUAUGAUGACAAAGGAUACAGCAAUCGACUUUAUUUUGUUAAUUUGCGAACCAGAGAUGGAACCUAUGUUUGGGAAAAAAUCACCAACUUUGAAGGAAAACCACCCACACCACGUGAUAAACUUUCUUGCUGGGUAUAUAAAGACAGAUUAAUAUAUUUUGGUGGCUAUGGGUGUAGGAGACACAAUGAACUCCAAGACUGUUUUGAUGUUCAUGAUGCAUCUUGGGAAGAGCAGAUAUUCUGGGGAUGGCAUAAUGAUGUUCAUGUAUUUGACACAAAGACACAGAAUUGGUUUCAACCAGAAAUUAAAGGUGGAGUCCCCCCACAGCCACGAGCCGCACAUACGUGUGCAGUUCUUGGAAAUAAGGGCUAUAUCUUUGGUGGACGUGUUUUGCAAACUAGGAUGAAUGAUUUGCACUAUCUAAACUUAGAUACCUGGAUUUGGUCUGGAAGGAUUCCUAUUACUGGAGAAAACCCUAAACAUCGAUCAUGGCAUACUUUAACACCAAUAGCUGAUGAUAAGCUUUUCUUAUUUGGUGGACUAAGUGCAGACAACAUUCCAUUAAGUGAUGGUUGGAUUCAUAAUGUCAUAACAAAUUGUUGGAAACAACUGACAUAUUUACCUAAAACAAGACCUAGGUUAUGGCACACAGCCUGUUUGGGAAAAGAAAAUGAAAUAAUGGUAUUUGGUGGGAGCAAAGAUGAUUUACUUUCCUUGGAUACAGGUCACUGUAAUGAUUUGUUGAUCUUUCAAACACAGCCUUAUUCACUACUCAGGUCAUGCCUUGACUGCAUUGGUAAAAAUGCUAUAAUUUUAGAAAGUCAAAUAUCUUUAUUACCUCCUAAACUUCUUCAACAAGUACUCAAAAAAAUCACAUUUUGGACUGCAGCUAACCACCGAGAAGAACAAAGAGCCCAAAAAGAAGAAACAGAAAAUAAGUAUCAGUGGAUCAGUAACAAUUAAGUUGUUAUAUACUUUAUAUGUUUAAUAUGUUUAGCAUUUUAAUCAGACUGUAUAUUUACUCCCCAAAUUGGAGGCUUUAUUUAGAAGAUAAAAUUGAAGCAAAAAUGUUAUGUUAAAGUGAUUACAUGGAAUGGGAUAUAUGGGAAUGAGAUGUUAAUGGCAGAUUAAUUUAUAUUUCUAAAAUAAUUUCCUUAUAAGGUACAGAAAAAAAAUAUGCUUUCUGAAAGUAAUUACAAUUGUAGGCAAUUUUAACUCACUGUGUACUCAUUGCUGGAAAGAUUAUACAAAUUUGAGGAGAAUAAGAAAUUACCCAAGGACUUUAGAAAUCCCUCAAUAUAAUGAUACAUAAAAACACUAUGUAUCAACUUUUAGAUAGAAUAGAUUCUCUCAAGUCACUAUAAAAUUACCUAAAUCUUCUCAUUAAAUAAUUCAGUUAUUUAAAUAACAUCUUCUUAAAUUACUAAUAUAGCUGGCCAAAAUUAUAAAGUAGACAAACACUGGUAUAGUGUUAAAUGUGGAACCCCCACCCUUUUAGCACUUAUCUAGUAAAGAAUUCUUAAGCAUCAUUGUACUUUUCCUUUUUUUUGUCAUAAGUUUUCCUCAAACCUUUAUUUGAGUAGGGGAAUAAACGCAUUCAAUUGCUUUUUGUUACCCCUAAGUUAUUAGUUUGUCCAAUUUUAUAUGUACAAAGACCAUAUUUUAAAGUGCCUAAAGUAUUUGUCAUCCAGGCUCUGAAAUAUUGAGAAGCAGUAUAAUUAUUAAGUUUUGAGGCACAUUAAAAUAUAGUUUGCCUUGGAAGAGUGCAUCUAAAGUGAUUUUCAUAAAUAAUGAAAUGGAAUGGUAAUCUAGUAAGUUGCCUUUAUUGAAACCCCUCAAUUUGGUCCACACCAUUCUACAAAGUUGGUGCUUAAGGAUAUUGAAAAUAUGUUAUCUUCCCAUUCAUUUUCAGUAUUAACUGCUUAUACAGAAAUAAAACACUAUAACUUAUAUUCCUUAAGAGUACUUUUGCUAUAAUUAAGAAAUUGUUCAUAUUAUUACAGCAUACCCUUCCAGUGAAUUACUAAUAACGAUGUAUUACUCAAAGGCUUGGUUAUAAAAUUACUCUCCACAAUACCACCAUACAAGUUAUUUCUGAAAUUCAAAAUGUUAGAGCAAAUAUAUUUCUCUAUUGAAAUAUAUAUGUAAUUUAUAAUGAAAAUUAGUCAUUGAUAGUACCUCAUUAAAUUUUAGAGAUAUAUUUUAUAUAUAUUGUAUUUUGAUGUGUAAAGCUUCUAUUUAUGUAUUGAGAUAGUGUGUGUUUACAUUUUAUUUAUUAUAUGAACUAUGUAGAUUUACUAUUUUUCCAGUUUUGUUCAUGUGAACCAGUCAUUAGAGUUGAUUGUACAAACAAUAUUUCAGUGUAAGUUUUCAUUUUUUCUUACUAUUUUUAGACUAAAUAAAAUUUAGAAAAUGAAUCUCACAGGCAAUGUACAGCUUACAAGUAAUUAUUUUAUUACAAUGAGUUUCAGUAUCAGCCUUUCACAUUUAAGGGGAAAAUAUCAAAACCUAUUGGAUAGUGGUAGAUGACACUGAGUGGGAUGAAUACUUUUUAAUAUAGCUUCUGGAUUACUAGUAUACGGAUGCCUUCUCUAGCCUCUUAGAAAAGCACUUCUGGUUUUAAAUGGUUUACUUAGAGCAUUAAAAGUUGGAUUAGCCCCUCAAAUGCACACCAACAUGUAGGCUUCAAGAGAAUGAAAAUCUAUGUAUUAUCUAUGGCACACAUAACUAGUGCUAUACUUAUUUGAUCUAAUAUACUGUAGUACUUCAAAAAUUAUAAGUCUUGAGAUAGUCCCAUAGUGAGAGUGGCAGGGAAUUCUGAUCUUUAACUUGUCUCUAUAACUUGGCUUCAAACAAGGCUCUCCUGCUAUUAGGAGAUAUAGAGGGUCUGGGAGCUGGCAAAGCCAGUUUUGAAGUAUGAUAGCCAAGCAGUAUUCAUUCCUCACUUUUCAACAGCUGAUGGUUUACUGUCAACUUUUGUGUUGUUGGCCUCCACAGUAUACAGGAGCCCAAGGCAAUACAGCUUCAGCUUCAUAACAUUAGCUCUGAACUCUCCCUGUGGGCUUUCUGUUUGAAAGAUGAUUCUAGCCCACUGGCUGCUCUGAAAAGCCAUCUUUGCAUGUUCCUGUGGCUCCCUCUCCGCUCCACCAAACGACGGGGAAAAUAAGACAUUUUUGGGGGGCCAGCAAUCUGAAUCUGUGCCAGUAACCUAAUGCACAUUCUUGA